AUGACUGCCCGGCCAUUGUCGCACAUCCUCCGGGCGCGCUGCCUGCUUCGCCAGCCUCAAAACAUCCAGGCAUUCUCUACCCGAUCCAGUCUCCGUGCUGCGGACCACGGUGACCACUAUGAUCCUCCCACCGGCUGGCUGUUCGGUGUCAAGCCCGGCCAGAAGUACGAGAAGGAAGGCUGGGAGAACAUUUGGUACUACGGAUUCAUUGGAAGCUUUUUGGUCGCUGGUGUCGCAUACGUCUUCAAGCCUGAUACUUCUAUACAAACGUGGGCUCUCGAAGAGGCCCGACGGAGACUCGAAGCUGAGGGAAUCCUUGAGGACCCUGACAAGGUCAAGAAAUAA